AAAACAAUAAAGUCUCAUCCAUCAAAGAUGUGCAGCUUUAUUUAGAGCAAGAAGUGAUGAAAUUACAUGGAUUUAAUGCAAAAACCCCUCUAGAGUCAAUUGAAAUCGAACCACCAGAAGAAACAGACAGAAACAGCAUUGACUCUGACCUGAGAAACUGGGGCCCUUCUAAAAUAUCAAAACCAAGAAAGUAUCAGGCUGCCGAAAUGGACAGAGAUGGUAUUUUUCAUAAUUUUCCCAACGAACAGCAAGAGGAAGAACUGCAAAUUACUGAAGAAUUCAUCAUCACUAAAAACAGAAACCAAAUGAGAGAUACCAAGGCAGAGGAAGACCAAGACCAGAUAUAUCACUCCUUUCCCAAUAGCCCUAAAGCAAUUCAAGUGAUCUCUGCCAUCAUCUCUGAGCAGUCUGAACGCUUGAUUCCACAGCAAUUUGAAAGACUGUUUGCCAAGGCAAUGAUGGAACCAGAGGAGGACCAGGAUUAUUUGUACCACUCAUCCAUUGACGAUGCCAAAAUGAAUCCUCCUUCCCGGAUGGUAGAACCCCAGUAUGAAAUUAUGGAGGGCCCAGAGGAAGACAGGGAUCAUAUUUACCAUCAGUUCUAAAAUGACUUGAUAGUUAUUAUUUUCUUAGAACAAAAAAAAAUAACUUAGCAUAUGAAAAAGUCAUUAUUUCCCAGGUUUUCACCCAAUGGGUACACAAUAAUAUUUCCCCACAGACAUACACAUUUCAAGAAUUUUAAUUUCGUUUUUGCUGAAUGAUUUCUUUAAUUAUAUUUUUAAAAAAAUGUAUAGAAAAAAUACUGAUCUUAUUUUCAAAUGUAUGUUGCAUUUUGCAACCUGAAAUGAAGAAUUACUUCUUGUGGAAACAUACUAUAGCUAUAUAACAAAAAAUUUACUGUCCACAAUUGCAGGAGAAAAAGAAAAAUUAUAAAUA